GAAGAGAAAAGCUCCUUGGGAACUUAGUUUCUAGGUCUCACAGCACAAGCUCUGUGUCCUCAGAGUCGCCGUCCUCAAGGAGCCCUCUCACUGGUCACUGCUGCAGCCCCUACAUGGACCAGUGUGUGUCCACAGCUCCUCCCCGAUUCCCCAUAGCACAACUGGGAACAUUUAAACAAAACUCUGCAGAAAAGGGAGAGAUACUCAAGGGGAAUUUGCUGCAGAAGGAAGCACCUACCACCUCUGAAAAUGAACAUCAUAUUCAUUUGUUCACAUUGCUGGUUCUCUUCCUUGUGACAGUGUUGCUGAGGAACCGCAGGAUACAAGGGGUUUCUGAAGACUGGAAAAAGGCAAACAGCGUAUUUUAAAAGUAAAAAACUCCUUCUUUCUCCCACUGUAGGCUUUUUGUGUUUUCAACAUACCCAGCCUCACUUGGAAAAAUAAAAAUAAAAAUAAAGCACCCACUCACAUGAGCAGCCAAGUUUCAGAUACCAGUAGGCACGGGCUCUUCCAAAUGUCUCCUGUUCUGGAGAUGUUCGCAGUCUUCAAAUAAAAACUGAAACAAACAAGCAAACAAAAAAAAUAAAAUCUCACUACCAAAUACCCUAGGAACAAGACAAACUCUAUUUGGAAAUUGAAUUUCUUCCAUAGUCAAUCAAUAUUUAAUAAAGAGAGAAAAGGAGCUCAUUACAAAGACCAUCUUGUUUCUCCACAAGUCAUCUAUGUGAGAUUCCAGAAUUUCAGGGCGAUAAGUUCUUAAUUGGAACAUUAUAUAUUCUCUUUGCAGCCAGUAAGCACGCAUCACUUCAUGAGAAAGCACCGCGGCCAACAUUUCUCCUGGUCUGCUCCGGGUUUCAGCGAAGGGCAGGCCUGGAAGCACCUUGGGAAACGAGGUAGAGCCAAGCUAACCCCCGAGAGCCGCUGAGCUUGCAGAGAGUUGAGUGAUUACGCAGGCAUAGUCUUGAGUUUUAUUUUCAGUUUGAGUACUGCUAACUAGUCUGUACAGUUACAGGCUUACUGGAGGGAGUGUAUUCUACAUCAGCUAUGUUCUGUCUUCCUUAGCAGCACUUAAUGAGUCGACUGGAAAGCUGUUCCCAGCCAAGCCAAUAUCCUAUGAGUUAUAAAUGACAUUUCAUGCUCAUAUGCAGAUUUCCUGCACCGAAGUGAAUUAUUUACAAGGUUGGGCUUAUGGAUUCCAACGAUCAGCUGCCUGAGAUUUACACCCACCCGUUCUCUCUGCUCUCUUGCUGGGAGACUGUGACGUUUCCCACUGCCCUUUAACAUCUGAAGAUUUAACGGGAGCUGCCCUUCCUGAGGCAGGUGCUCCCUUGCUUGAGAGGGUAACUGGAAAGGCCGUGCACCCCAGGAGCUGGAAGGUAAACUAAGGCUCUCCUAGAGUUGCUUCUCCCCGCCCUGGGAGGAUGCUGUCUGCACGUAAAUGCACAGGAGGAGCACCAGGAAGAAUUUAAAUUCUGGGGAGGCCUUCCUGCCCAUUAGCAGUGAUUUUAUUACCUUGGGUCUUAGCUAAUUAGUUUAAUAAUUUCUUCCCGAAUGUGUGAAAAUCCAAAUUUUCUCCUAAAGGAAGCUCUGUGUUCAGCGGCGUGCUCUGUCCUCUGUGCAACAGAAGCACCAACAUGUCGUUUCUGCCUCCCACAAACUCCAGGGGUUGAAAAGCCGCCCAACUUACAGCAAGGAUGAUGAAAAUAUAAGAGUUCGGCACCAGACAAAUCCACCAAUGGAACAAAAAAAAGCAGCACAGAAACCAAGUUAAGUACACAAGGGUCUCUAACGUAUGAUAAAAUCAGCAUUUAAAAUUAGUGAAAAGAAUGGUUUCUUAAAUAUGUUGAAUGAGAACAACUGAUUACGCAUUGGAAAAAGUAAAAUGAAGAUCCCUACCUUAUAUCAUCAACAGAAAUAAAUAUAUGUUAAAUCAAAGACCUAAAUGUAAAAAUAAAAACCAAAAGAACACAGGAAGAAAAUAUGGAGGAACAUUUCCGUAGCCUUGCAGUGAGAGUGAACAAAAUGAAAGAGGGGACAACAUGACAUAUUUGGUUACCAAAUUUUAUAAACUUUUUCCCAGUAAAAACCAGACUAAACAAAAUUAAAACAUAAGUGACAAACAAGGGAGGGAAAACAUUUACAAUUGACUGUUAAUAUCCCAUAUUCAGAGAAAUCCAACUCAUUGAAAGACAACGACAGACAGUACCCUAAAGGGAUAAAGAAUACGUAUAAGCAAAAAAGAAGUGCGCAUGGCAAAUAAAUCUGUGAAAAGAUGCUCAACCUCAGUAUUGAUUAAAGGAAUAAGGAAGUGGAUAACAACAAAAUAGUUUCUGCCAAAUCUGACUGUUAACAUGUCAUAUAUUGUUAACAUUGAUUGCUGUCGAGGCUGUGAAAAAAUAGGCAGUUUCAUAAUUGUUGGCAGGAACAACCAACCGCUACAAACAUUUUGGGGGCAAUUUGGAAUUAUCUAAUAAAAUAUAUUUGCAUAUCCUUUGGCCAUGCCAUUUCACUUUUAUGGAUCUAACAAAAAAUCAAAUAAAAACAUUAUAAAGGU